AUGCUGUCGACUGCAGCGCGUCGACUGCCCGUUGCAGCAGCAGCGAGCGCGCGGUCUGCUGCGUUCAGUCGAGUCGGUCGCCACGUGCCGCGUGUCGCACAGACGGCACCGCCGUCACCGUCUCGCUCGUUCUUUGGUCUCCGUGAACUGCUCUUUGGUCCGUCGAAAGCGGCUUCCGAAGUUAACGUGUUGCAGCUCCAAGAAGCAGACCCGAAGCCGAUCGUGACGCAGCCAGUCGAGACCGACGAGCGGACUGUCAUUGCUGGGAGUGUAGAGCCUACGCGGUAUGCCGUUGGCAAAGUUGCCAAGCUCGCUGAUGGCGCUCUGCUGGCCUCGUGCGGUCGCACGGUGCUGCUCACGACGGUCGUGAGCGACCGCGACCACACGACGAACAGCGGAAAAGACUCGGCUGCCAGUCGGUCGUCGCAGCGGGACUUCCUACCGCUCACAGUGGACUUUCGUGUCAAGUCGCAUGCGGUUGGGCUCAUUCCGGACAACCAGAAGCGCCGCGAGUUCACGGGCAGUGACGAAGAAGUGCUGCAGUCGCGCGUCGUAGAUCGAGCAGUCCGUCCGCUGUUUCCACGCGACUACUGCGAAAACACGCAGCUGCUCGCGACGGUGCAGUCGUACGAUCCGAACAACGACCCGCUCGUGGUUGCGGUCAACUCGGCUUCGGCCGUGCUGAGCAUGUCGGACGUGCCGUGGAAUGGACCAGUGGGCUGCGUGCGUGUGGUCGAAGUCGAUGGCCAGUUGGUGGUAAACCCCACGGCUCCGCAGCGUGAUGCGGCGACGCUGGAUGUGCUCUACGCUGGUACAGCGGAACGAGCCGUGAUGAUCGAAGCUUCGGGCGAUGAGGUGGGUGAGACACGGCUUGGCGAGGUGCUAGAGCUGGCGCAGGCGAGUGUGCUACCAGCGAUCGAGGUGCAGAAGAAGCUUGUAGAAGAACAUGGAAAGCAAAAGCGCGUGUACUCGCCGCUGUUUAUCGCGCCAGAGGUUUGGGCCAAGGCGGAAGAGCUCGGCCGUAAGGAUACCGAAGCGCUGAUUGCAAGUGGUCACGUUGGUAAGCUCGCCCGGCAACAAGGAGAGCGCGAGGUCUAUGGCAAGAUGCUGAACGGCAUGCGUCAGCACUUUGCGGCUGCGUCUCCUCCAGUCGACGAUGCGGCGAUCGUACGUGCUGCUCAUGACACGUUCCAGCGCGUGCUGCGAGAACGCAUCUUGACGGUUGCAAACGAGACAAAAGGCUCGAAGAGCAGACCUGCGCGACUAGAUGGCCGUCCAGCUUGGACCGUUCGUCCGCUAGAAAUGGACGCUGGAGCGCUGCCAAUGGCCCAUGGAUCUUCUCUUUUCGCUCGAGGCGAAACGCAGACCCUGUGUUCCGUGACAUUGGGACCUCUGGAGCGCGGUAUUCGUCUCCGUGGUGCACUCCAGGAAGCGCGCGAGCAGGCUGAGCCCAGCGCUCCUACGCCAAUGAAGAACGCCAUGCUGCACUAUGAGUUUCCACCUUUCUGCGUGAAUGAGACUGGCCGCAUGGGUGGCACCAAUCGACGCAUGAUCGGCCACGGUGCUCUGGCUGAAAAAGCGGUUCUGCCGAUUCUCCCGACUAUCACUGAGUUCCCGUACACGAUCCGCAUGACGUCAGAGGUGAUGAGCUCAGACGGCUCGUCGUCGAUGGCGACAGUGUGUGGCGUAUCGCUGGCGCUCAUGGAUGCCGGUGUCCCCGUUCGCCGUGCCGUUGCUGGUAUCGCCAUGGGUCUCGUCACGGCUGGCGACCCAUUUGCCGGGCAGGAAAAGGCCAUUGACGACGGCGACUACCAGUUGCUGACGGACAUUCUCGGAACGGAGGACCACUACGGCGACAUGGACUUGAAGGUAGCCGGCACGGCAUGUGGCGUGACAGCAUUGCAGCUGGACGUGAAGCUGCCUGGGGGCGUGCCGCUUUCGGUGCUGAAAGAAGCACUGCAUGAAGCCAAGCAGGCACGCCUGCAUGUGCUGCGUCGCAUGAGCGCUGAACUUGCUGAGCCGCGGGACACGCUCAAGUCGACUGGCAGUGCACUGCCGAGCGUGAGCGUCGAGUGUGCGGUUGCUACGAACUUGAUCGGUGCACUGAUUGGCGUCGGCGGGAACAACAUCCGCGAUUUGGAGUCGCGUUUCAACGUCUCUGUGCACAUUGUGAACCGCCGGGACGGCAUUGUGCGGAUCGUGGGCACAGUCGACGACACGUCCAAGGCCCGUGACUGGUUGGACACUGAACUUGCUGUUGUUGCCCAAGCUGGUCCUCGCAUGACGAGCCAUAGCACCGCCGACAGCACCGGCAGCAAUGAGGACAGCCGUGACAAGGACCAGGGCACGAGCAAAAGCGGCCGGUCGUUCUUUUUCCGAAAAGGUGAGCGCUACACGAUGCGCGUGACGCAGGUCAUGGACUUUGGCGCGAUCCUCGAGUGCUCGACUGGCCAACGCGGCUUCGUGCACGUUUCCGAGCUCUCCCGCGACAAGGUCAGCAACAUCCGGAGCGUCGUCUCGGAAGGUCAAGAGAUGGAAGUCGAGUGUCUGCAGGACGGCGCGUCGGGCAAAAUGUCGCGUCGCGUGUUGCUGAGCACCGACGGAGGCGACGAGCCGGCGGCGCCUGUGUCUGCGUUGCCAGAGACCGCACCGUCACGGACCAGCAAGCACCACACUCGUCGCUCGUCGGCGUCUUGGCGCCGAUCCGAAGCUGCUCGCCACGCGCGGACGUAG